GCCCUACAUAUACUCAGGUGCGCCGCACCUGUCCACCGCACCUGCCCGCGAGCAGCUUCGCUAGCUAACGCGGAGCCCGGGGCCCACCGCCCGGGGCCUUUGCAGAUCCCGGCGUCCAGAACCGCGCCCGGAAAGCCCCUCGGGCCUCGAUACUAGCAGGGCCACAGAGCGCCAGAGGGGAGCGCCUGGCCCGGUGGGUCGCUUUUGUCUGCUACCCGCCCUCCCAGCUAGCCUGUUCCCGCUCUUGUGGGGGACCCCGCCCCGCCGGAGAGGUACAUUUCUGUUUACUUCGGGGGACGGAGAUUUGCAGUUACUCGGCUGAAACUUUUUUUUUUUGUCUUGUUGAGUGACUUAGGACUUUACCAACUUUUCUUUUGUGGGGUUGCUCCCAAGACUUCCUUUACUGCAAGAUCGCCUGCCCGGCACCCCCAAGUCUUCUCGGAGGGCGGCGAUGGCCAACUCGGGCCUGCAGCUGCUGGGCUUUUCCAUGGCCCUGCUGGGCUGGGUGGGCUUGCUGGCGUGCACUGCCAUCCCGCAGUGGCAGAUGAGCUCUUACGCGGGCGACAACAUCAUCACGUCCCAGGCCGUGUACAAGGGGCUGUGGAUGGAGUGCGUCAUACAGAGCACGGGUGUGAUGAGCUGCAAAAUUUACGACUCGGUGCUCGCCCUGCCGGCGGCCCUGCAGGCCACUAGAGCCCUAAUGGUGAUAUCUCUGGUGUUGGGCUUCCUGGCCAUGACCGUGGCGACGAUGGGCAUGAAGUGUACAAACUGUGCAGGAGAUGACAAGGUGAAAAAGGCCCGAAUAGCCAUGACUGGAGGCAUAAUAUUUAUCGUGGCAGGUCUUGCUGCCCUGACAGCUUGCUCCUGGAGUGGCCACCAGAUUGUCACAGACUUUUAUAACCCACUGGUCCCCAUGAAUACUAAGUUUGAGUUUGGGCCUGCCAUCUUUAUUGGCUGGGCAGGCUCUGCUCUGGUCCUCCUGGGAGGCGCACUGCUCUCUUGUUCCUGUCCUAGGAGGGAGAGCAAAACUGGAUACAGUGCACCCCGCUCCUACCCGAAGCCCAACUCUGCCAAGGAGUACGUGUGAGCUAGCACCCUGUGCCCCAGCCUAUCAGCCCGGGGACCUAACAGGACCUGGGGCACAGAGCUCAGCCUGUGGGCAGGGUGAGGAGUGGCAGCCUCCCAGUUGUUCCAGUCCUGCACACUAUGUACAGUUCCUUGAGGGGUUGGUAAGGGAAAUGAAAAAAGGAGGGGGGAGGGUGUGCUUUUUGUACAGUAAUAAAAAAUGUUUUGGAAAA